GUAGUCCUGAGAAGAAAAAGGAGAGAUGGAAGUCAGAGAACGGCUCCCUGCUUAAAGAGCUAGGUUUGUCAAAGUCCUUCCCAUUGGACAACUCUUUGUUCGACAGCUGGCUUGCCCAGUCGGUUCAGAUCACCGCUGAUGACAUGAUGAGCCAGUGGGCUCUGGGUGCCCAGCAUGGGGACAAGAGCGGCAGCCUGCUUUCCGACCAGCUCCUGCAGGGCGAGGAGAGCCUGCUAAAUCUCAUGAUGGAGAACUCCAUGCAGUCCACUUGGAAAACGCCCCAGCUGGGUCGCAAACCACGAGGGAGCAGCAAGCCCCGUGCUCGUGGUCAUUCCACCACCCCCACCCAGCCCCAGACGCUCCUCUCUGCAGCGGCUGCCUCCGCCGCUAGCAGCCCCUCCACUGCAAAGAGCCUCUGGGUGAGUGUGGUGGAGGACAAGCCAAGCCAUGUGGGCCGGAAAGGGGAAAGGUCCAGGGGGUCCUCCAAGGCCCUGCACCACCACCACCUUCAUCACCACCAGACCAGGAGCUCUGACCUGCAGGGUGACCCACCACCGCAGCCACCCAUCUCCAAAAUGGAUUCCUGUCACAUCUCAGAGGACCAAGGCCCCUGGGAGAGCAUCCACACGGAGAAUGGCGUUGCAUCAGGGGCUGGAUCUGUUUUCACCGGAAGCUUAUCUUCACCUCCGGCCUCCAGCCCUGUGGUCACAGUUCCAGACACGGGGGCGAUCCUCCGUGGCGGGGCUCCACGACUCCGUCUGCCCCGCCAGGGUAAAUCAAGAGGGAGGGGCGUGAGCGGAGGUGGCGGCAUAGCGGGGCUGGAGUCCAUGGACCUGCCGCUCACAAGGAAGGACACGUCCCUGCUGGACGCUGCCGAGACUGACGGGUACUUCUCUGACGGCGAGCAGAGUGAUUCGGACACACGCUCUGGCGGACGCAAACUCCGCUUGCCACAGUUGCAUUCUGGGAACGAGGACCUGUUGAGAAGGAGCGUGCUGGCGUCCUAAAGAACUGAGACUCAAAUCGACACACACAAAACACACAAUUAUCCAAGCAGAGUCCCGCUGGCUAAUUGUUUCUCCAUCUGUGCCCAGUAUACAGUCUACACAACAUGGCUGGAUGGCUUUGUUCAACCAAAUCCCUGUCACAUUUACCAAUGGAAAAUCUCUUCAGCUCUGACCUGUUUUGUUUUUGGGGGGAAUUUGAAUGUAGCUGUUUGCCUGUCGUACAGUAAAUCUUCUCCACCCGACCGUAGUUUGUUGUUUAGACAACCACAAGACGCGAUACAUUCAACAAAUAGGAAACAAACAUUACCUUUUAGUCUUUUUCGUUUUGUGUUUCAGAUUCAUUCUGUUUCUGGGCGUUGAAGUACCCUGUUCUGGCCUCACGUCUGUGGUAUCUGCCAGACCUGGGAACAAACACUUUGGGGCAUUAUUAUUAUUAUUACUAUUCAAGCUGGUUUCAGGGUCUGCUUCACUUUUGGUCUUUUAUGGCCUGAGAUACACCCAACGAGUUCUUGUUUUCUUGAAUAUAUUCAAUGGAAAGACAAUGUCACUCCAGAGUUGUUCAAAAUACGUCUGCGGAAGACAUGGGACGACAUGUAUUCAGCUUUGAAAAGCACAACUAGCUAGUCAUAAGAGCUGUAAGCUGUAAGCACUCGUGUGAAUAAUAGAUGCUCAUUCAGGGUUGGGGUCAAUCCUCAUGAUGUUGAAUCAGUUUCAAAAUGUACACUAAAAGCUUAAUUCUCAAAUUUAUCGUCGCAGACUUAAAAAAAAAAAAAAAAAAAA